GGUGCGUCAUAGCUAUUCCAUAUGAUUCUGGUUGUUCCAUUCCUUUUUACUUUCAUUGCUUUCAUAGUCAAUUAUGAGCUUUCGCAAGAAAGAUGAGGAAUAUUUGAAGUUAUGACGAAUUCUAUAGUUCCAAAUGUGAUCUAAUUUAACAAUUACUUUCUAUUGUGGAAUUUGUGAGGAGUUUUAUCGAAAUGUUAUCUAGAACUUUGGUUGUGAGAGUUGAGUGAAAUAGUGUGAAAGUUUUCCUAAAAGUUUUUUAAACCAAUUCAAAUCAAAACAUAUUUUUAUGCCAAACAUAUUUUAGUAUCAUGGGAUUAUUGUUUGCUAAGCUUUGGAGCCUAUUUGGCAAUGAAGAACACAAAAUAGUUAUUGUUGGUUUGGACAAUGCUGGAAAAACAACAAUAUUGUACCAGUUUUUGAUGAAUGAAGUUGUUCACACUAGUCCUACUAUCGGGUCAAAUGUUGAAGAAGUUGUUUGGAGAAAUAUUCAUUUUAUUAUGUGGGAUUUGGGAGGACAACAAUCCUUGAGGGCAGCUUGGAGUACUUAUUAUACUAAUACAGAGUUUGUAAUCUUAGUAGUUGAUUCAACAGAUAAGGAAAGGUUAUCUGUGAUAAGAGAAGAAUUGUACAAAAUGUUUUAA